UUGUUGUGUUCCGGGGUUCCCGUGGCUCCGUUCGUCCGGAGCCGCGGUUUGGGAAAGGCGGGUGCGUGGCUCCGAGCCCUCACGCGGAGGCUCCGUGCGCCCCUGAGCGUCCCUGCCCGCUCCCCUGGCAGGCGCCGCCGUGAGGGGAUGGAGGAUCUGGGCGUUCCCUCUGAGGAUCGGAGCCCGCGGCUGAGCCAACCUGGGCAGAAGCCGCUGGUAAUUACAGCUCUUAAUGACCUGGCGGCACAUGAAGCGAAGGUGGAGCCGGCAGGGAUGUGCUCGGCGCUGCGGGCGAUGUGCAGCCGUGGUUCGGCGUGGGACGGGCAGCGGCAGCUGGAGCCUGCACCCCCAGCCGGCCUCGGAGCUGAGAGCCACAGCCCGGCCCAGCCUAAGGCCAGACUCGCCGGGUUAAAAGGCACCUUCAAACCCUCCCAGCCCACGGAGGAACUCGAACAAAGCCUGAGGACCGCGCCGGACUCCGCGCUGCUGGCGGAUAUUCUGCACAAGACAAUUCUUCAUCCUCUGUGUGUGAAAUAUCCCCCUUCGGCCAAGUACAGGAGGUGCUUCCUGACUGAGCUCAUCAAAAAGCUUGAAUCCACAGCAGCUGAACCCCUGGAUGAACUUUAUGAGGCACUGGCAGAUGUUCUAAAAGAAGAAGAAUCUACUCAUUGUUACAAAAACUACUUACUGCCCACGGGGGACUGUGUGAGCCUGUCCGAGAGCACCGCGCUGAUCUCCGGGGGCACCACGGGGCUCGUCACAUGGGAGGCUGCUCUGCUGCUGGCCCAGUGGGCACUGCAGAACCCUGGGGUGUUCAGGGACAGGACAGUCCUGGAAUUAGGGAGUGGGAGUGGUUUCACUGGAAUUGCCAUCUGCAAGACCUGCCAACCCAGGACAUUCAUAUUUAGUGACUGCCAUCCCCGUGUUCUCAGACAGCUGGGAGAAAACAUCCAGCUAAACGGCUUCAUCCCAGAGCCUGAUGUGCCCUGGAGCAUCCAAACAGAGUCCCAAGGACAGGAGGUGGAAGGAGAGAACUGCCAAAACACAAAAGUGAUUGUUGCUGAGCUUGACUGGGGCUCAGUGACAGAAAAACAGCUGCUGGGUCUCAGAGCUGAUGUUGUCAUUGCAGCAGAUGUGGUGUAUGAUCCUGAGAUAAUUUUAGCCCUCAUUGGGAUGCUACAGAAACUCUCCACCUGCAGAGCAGACCGGAGAGCUCCUGAGGUGUUCAUUGCCUCCACAAUCCGGAAUCCAGACACGUAUCUGCUGUUCCAGGCUGAGCUGGAUAAAGCUGGGAUCAGGUGGCAGAUGAUUCCAGCCCACAGCAGCUGUAAUUUUCUCUAUGAUGUGCAGCCAGAUGUAACUAUUCUACAGCUAUUUAUAUAGGCUUGGCAAACAGAACUGAAUUUUGAGACCAACAGAAGUUGUCUCAGCCUUGUAACAAGCUUAUCCUGAAUCCUGGAAACAGGAGGUUCUGAGGAUACAAGUGUCCACUAUCUGAGGAUACACAUGGACAGCUGGAGUCCUUCCUUCCUGUAAUUCCCAGCAUGGAUCCAAGCCUGCUGCUGCCCCUGGGAAGUGACUGAACCUCAAGCAAUGGAAACCAAAAAGCUCCAAUCCCACAUCACUUGGAUUCUGUAGAAUUCAAGUGGGGUUUUUUUCCCAACUGUGUUGUGAUUUUUAAGUACUGGGGGCAACCUGCAGGAUCACAGGAUGAGGAUUUCACACAGACAAGAGAGCAGAACAACGUUUCAGAGUAAUCUAUGGGUUCUGAUACUAAAACCAGCUGUAAUUGUCUAUUCUGGUCUUUUAUGUCUGUAUGUACUUGCAAUUUGGGUUAGCUUAAACCCCCCCAAUAAAACAGUGACCAAUA